AUGUAUCCACGUCGCGGCCACCAAGUCGAACUGGACGAGCAACUGUCCCUUUCAGAUCAAGGUCGGCGCUCUCCCCCCUCCCCCUUUCUCAGAAGGUAUUUCAAUGGAGAUGUCAAUAUCCUCCUCCAAAUCGUCUCUCGCGCAGAGAAGCAGCCCGAUGCUCACCGACUCCCCUUUCGCGCUAUAUUCGCAGCGUAUGAUUCCGUGUUAUCGGAAAAUGGCAUCGAGGCGGAAACCGAUCGGACUUAUCUGCGCUUUCUAUUCCAGCUUGGAGGCAAGUCGGUGCCAGGUGAUACGCUGUAUGAAAAAUUCGAGACCCUUUUGCUGCGCAUGGGCAUUGAGCUCGAGUACGGGGACGAGACAGGAGGGGAAGGGGGAAGAAUCGAAGAAGUCACCACCGCGGAUACAGAAGCCAAUGGUGCACUGGCAGAGGAAAAAAAUACCGGCCGAUGGCAGCCGACUCGGUAUCCGGUCCAUGGGGGACAGCGCGCCAGACGGGCGUCGUUCAAUUCAAUGUACGAUGCUGCCAAUGAAACUACACAAAGGAGUAUGUAUCGACCCAGCUCAAGAUCGUCUGUGUCAAGGUUGGAAGUCGGAAGGAAAAUUUUCUCUCCGCCCCCAAUCAGGAGAGAGGAGCUUGCUCGACAUGCACAUGCACCGGCCAUUGUGGAAACGAGAAGCAGGAUGACAGCCAACAGAGCUACAAAGAACACUGCUCGUCGCCAACCGCAGACUGGUGCAAUUAUUACCGAACCGGCCCAAUUGGGAGUGGAUUUAGAUGCGCAUCAUUUGAAUCAUGGUGUGAAUGAAAAUAAAACAACAAACCACACUAAUCAAAAGCGGUUAUUAUUUGAUAGCAGCGAGGAAUCUAAUGAUGAGCCUUUCCAACAUGGCGGUCUUAUACCCGGAGUUCAAGUACCCCCAGAACUAAUAUACCAGCCUUCUCUUUCUCACCUUCUCCGCGAUGCGUCCACAUUCAACAUGUAUCGACAACGAGGUACUGUCCGACGAAUAUUUGCUAAAUGGUCGGAGCGAGCUAAGCGACAACAACAAACCUUCGAGUCUAUGCAAAAGGCAGCUGCCAAGCAUGAUGCAUCUACCCUUCAGCGUCAGGCAUUUGACAUUUGGCGAGCCACAUGGCGACAGAAACGCCAAGAAGCCCAGACGGCAAGAUUCUUUAAACAUCUUGAGAAGCGUGCUGCGCGAGCUCGAGAUCUAUAUUUAAUGACGAAAGCGUUUACUCAUUGGGCACAAGUUACUUCGGAUGAGGUAGAGAAAGCGUCCGAAGCCCGACGACAUAUUCUAUGCAUAAAGUAUUUCAAUGCGUGGCGGGGGAUAACCGCGGUAAAUGAGAUGAAGGCUCAACGACUUGCGUUGACGAAGCCAUUCAAGGCCUGGAAGACUAAAUUUAAACAGUUCCAGAAAGACGAUGCCGAGGCUGAUGUUGUUUAUCAGGAAAACCUUGCAAGAUCUGCGUAUUGGAAGUGGUUUUGGACAUUCUGCGAUCGACGUGCCCCUCAGUGGAGAGAUUAUCGCUUGAAACAUAAGUCACUUCUCUCGUGGCUUCGGGCAUUGCGAACCCAAAGGGAGCGUGACCAAGAGAUAGACGUGCACAACAAACAGACUUUGCUUCAGGCGACUUUCCAGAAAUGGUCCCAACGGAUGCGCGCCAUUAUUUCGGCUCAACAACACGCCGAUAGCCGGUGGAAGCUUGAACAUACCGGGCAUUGUUUCUCGGAAUGGCGGAUUCGAACUCGCUUAAAACCCAUCGCCGUCAAAGUCUCUGCUUCAGUCGAAUCGAGAAUCCUCCACUCCUCCAUCAAGACAUGGGCGUUGCAAUCGCGCAUGUCGAAACAUGCACGAGAAGUUGACCGUCUCCGUAUUAUGCGCAAUACAUGGACCACAUGGAACGACAACCUGCGCUGUCUAGCUCUUUCCUCUCGCAUCAACGAGCGUGUCGUUAUGCAAGCGUUGUAUAAAUGGGUACUGAUGGCGCGCGUUCGUCUGAUGAGCAGAAUUCACGAUCAGCGUGUAAAACGUGAGACGUUGGCGAGAUUGACCUUAAAUUCGCGAGGACUGUAUACAAGGCUUCUGCGCCAAGAGGAAGAUUUUCGCACCCACCGUUCAAGAGAGCUCCUUCGGUCGAAACUCUAUGACUGGCGAGAGAAACUUGCUACUCAAAGACGGCGCGAUCAUGUCGCGCUGGUGUACUACGCUCCCAUUAAUUGA